AUGACCUUCCGACGAACCGUGCCAGGCAUGCUGCUGCUCACCGCCGCCUCCGCCGGCGCCUGUCCUCUGCGCAGCUGUGAGUGCAAGUGGAGAGACGGCAAGGAGACGGCGCUGUGUGCCAACGCUUCGCUGGACGAGGUGCCGGCCGCGCUGGACACGGGAACACAGGUGCUCCAGCUGGGCGGGAACCCACUGCGCGUGCUCACCGCGGACGUGUUCUCGGAGCGCGGUCUAGUGAACCUGCAGAGGCUGCAUCUGUCGCGCUGCAGGAUCGGACACGUUGAUCGACGCGCUUUCUCCGAUCUCAUCAAUUUGGUGGAGCUGGACCUGAGCCACAACGAGCUGCGCCUGGUGCCGUCCGACACGCUGACGCACGUGCAGGCGCUGAGAGAGCUGCGAAUCAGCGGUAACCCCAUAGAGCGUGUGCCGGCGGCCGCGUUCAUAGCGGUGCCGAACCUGUUCAGGUUAGAGAUGAGUGACUGUGCGAUAGCCGCGAUGCACGAGGACGCGUUCCGAGGGCUGGUGAAGCUCCAGUGGCUGAAGUUGGACGGUAAUCGGCUGCGUACGCUGCCCGAUAGUUCUCUGAUGCCGCUGAACAGUAUCCGCGAGCUGCACCUGCACGGCAACCCGUGGACGUGCGACUGCCACGCGCGCUACCUGCGCCGCUGGCUAGACAAGGUGAACCCGUCGCGCGCCGAGCCGCCCACCUGCGCGGCGCCCAGUCGGCUGCGGCGGCGCGCGUUCGAGGCCGUGCCGCUGUCGCAGUUCGCGUGUCCGCCGCAGAUCCGCGAGGGCGCGCGCACCGUCACCGCCUGGUCGGGAGAUAACGUGACGCUCUCGUGUUCGGUGAGUGCGUCCCCGGAGGCACGCGUGCGCUGGACGUGGCACGGCCGGCCGGUGGUGAACGGCUCCGUCUCGCAGCCGCCCACCCGGUACCGCGUGUUCGAGCACGGCCGAGAGGAGAAGACCAGCCUGCUGACGCUGCACGCCGUCUCCGAGAGCACGGCCGGCCGGUACGUCUGCGCCGCCCAUAACCCGGCCGGAGGCGUCACCGGCAACGUCACCGUCAGGGUGUCCGGCCGAAAAGCCGUCACUCACGUGACGCUGCGGCUCGACAACGGACUGCUGAUCGGAGCGCUGUCGGCCGGCCUGGCCGUCAGUCUGGCGGCCUGCGCCUGUGCCUGUCUACUCUGCGCCCGGCUCCGGCAGCGGCCAGCCGCGCGCGCGGCGGUCACCACCGAGGCGCCGCAGAUUGAGCUCAACCACAAGCCCGCCGUCGCCAACCACGUCAACGAAAAACCGGCGCCAGGCUCGUCGGGCUCGUCAGGCGCAGCGCGAGGAAAUCAUGUAAACGCCACUCGACCAGCGUCUGCAACUGCUUCGGUUACAUCCAACUCGACGUCAGCCAACAAGGUGACCCACCCGCGGUACCGGCCGGCGACCGGCCCGGCCACCGACCGGGUCGACUGGAGUGACGAAACCAGGCCGGUGUCACGAUCGAUGUCGGCCCGGCCGUCCCGGUCGUACGGCGACACGGAACGUGCGCUCGGCACGCCGGACGAGCCGCUGCCGAGGCCGGCGACCAGAGCCGGCAGCCUGCGGCGCCGCGAGGAGCCGUACACCAUCACCCGGCGGCUGGACUGCAGCGGCGGCGGUGGCGGCGGCGGCGUCGCGCAGGGCACCUCCAGCGUGUCGGGCGGUUCGUCCACCGGGUACGGCUCGCUGCCGCGCCGUCUGAUGCCGCGCGUGCCAGUGGCGCCGCCGCCGCCGGCCGAGCCGUCGCCGGACAGUGAGCUGUCGCGGCUCUCGGACCUGUCCGGCUCGCUGCUGAGCUCGACCUCUGCCGAGCCGUCUGCGGGCCGUCGGCUGCCGACUCUGACGCCGCUACCGGACCGGCUGCCGUCGCUGCCGGACCGUCCGGCGUCGCCGCCGCCGCCGCUCGGCGAGCUGACGGCCGGCAGAAGCCGCACCCUGGAGCUGCUGCGCGGCCCGCGCUCGGCGCCCGUCCGACGGCGCCGACACCCGAGCCUGCCCACCUCGCCGGUGCUCGAGCAGGGCGACGAGGACGGCUACAUGUCCGACUACUGUGGCCGCUACAAGUACCGGCCGCGGCCGGCCUACAACCCGUACACGUACCACGCCGUGCAGCUGGACCGAUACCUUCAGGAGUACCGCACGCUCCAGGACCAGCUCAUCAACAUGCAGUACAGCUGCGACACGAUGGAGCGCGAGCGGCGACGCGCCGGCCGCCGCUCUCUUCCCUCCCUGGGCGUCACCGACGACCUCGACCUGCCGGCCGAGCCGCGCGAAAAGACGCUCAAGCCGAUCCUGAAGAACCGCGAUCAGCUCUCGGUGGGCUCCACGCCGAGCACGCGCCGCAAGAGCCCGCGGUUCUCCUCCACCAAUGACUAUUUCUCGUACCACGAGAGCUAG